UUACAUGAUAGGGGCAGAAAAGAAUGUUAACGACCGUUUUACAACAUGAAUAAAAGAUCAUCUGAUAUUACAACACAACUAUCAUCGUAUGUCUACCGGAAAGGAAUCCUAUAUUUUUACUGCGUUUUUAUAAGAUUUUUCACACCAAAGAAAAGAAAUAUAAACUUAAAACGUAAUAUAUCCAGCGGAUUUUUUUUCCAAAUAUGUAGCAAAGUUAAAGAUGACAUGCUGUUUUGGGUCGAUUGUAACUGCGUUAUAAACUAGUUUCGCAAUGGAUGAGGGAAAGCCUAAAAGAGUGCGGACUGCAGCUGAAAAUGCCAGGACUGUAAAAGAAGAUGUAAAUGACUUUGAGGAAAUGAGACAUCAACUAACUGACAUUGUGUCAAAUAAAGUAUUUAAUAAAGGGAUUAUUUCACCAGAUGACAGGGAGUCACUCCGGGAGUUACUACGCGAAAUUAAAGAUGUCAUUCAUGAUAUUGAGACAGUGGCUAAUAACACAUUUGAUAUUGUGUCCAAACAAAAUCUGACCAAGAGGAAAGCUCAAACUAGGAAGAAGUACCGGAACUUGAUGGAUGCUUUUGACAAUGAUAAAAACAUUGCAAGUACAUUAAAGGACGAAGGACCAGAUAGUGAAUCAUGUUUAACAUCAACUGAUCCUCUUGAUCUAGACAACUCCUCAACCCAUAGUACAAGCUAUCGUAAUACGCAGGCAAACAUAAAUCAUGGCUAUGAGAGUGACGCCAGUAACGCAAAUUUUGAAGCUAAAGAAGAAACUGUUUCAGUCAACAGCAAAACUGUUCUAAAAAUAGAAAAUAGAAUGGAUGGAAGCUACAGUUCUUCAACGUCGACUGAUAGUAGAAGAAAGCCACAUCGAGUCUUAGCUUUCAACAAACCCGACCUAUACGGCGGUUCCCCGAAUUAUUUUAUUGACGACUACGAAGCUGCCAGUACAAUUUCAGUUUCAAGUGGAGAUAACUGGACGCUAAGAAAAUCAACUCUUUCAGUGGAUACUGAAAAUGAUAACAAUAGCAGACGAAGUGACAUCAACGGUCAUUUAAGAAAUAACAAAGUUAAAAGUGAUGAAUUUCAAAAAAAUUGGAAUCCCGCAUCUCGUGAAGAAAGAAAACCAAUGACUUCGUCCUUAGAUAAAGGAAUACAUCACACAAUUGAUCAAAGUGACGAAAAUGAUUACGAUGAUACUGUACUUCCGCCUUUUGCUGAUGGAAAAUAUGACAAAAAAGAUGUAGACGAUGUGCUUGGCGAUUUUGAUUACUUAAAUGAAUACCAAAGUCAAUCCGAUGCAUCCAAUGUGUCAUUAUGUGGCAGCGAAGAAAGUUUAAAAUCUGCUGCAAAGAAAGACAAAUACAAGAAUCAGACUGGAAAGGCGAAUACAUUAGAUGACAAAGACCAAAGUAAUGAUCCUCAUAGAGAUAAGAAAAGUGUAAAUGAUGUUCUUGGUAUAUUUGAUUACCUAAAUGAUUAUCAUAGUAGAACAAAUUCUACAUCAACGGCAUCUCUUUUUGAUAGUGAUGAUGACAUGGAUCUAGACAUCGAAAUUAAACCUGCAUCUCAAAGUGUAAAUAAGUAUAAGGACUCUGUAUCUGUCAAUGAUAACACUAAAUUGGAACUUGACAAAAGUGGUGUAAGGAAGGAUACUAACAACGAUCAUGUGAAUGUCAAUAGUAGAGUAUCAGAACAUUUACCGGAAGAAUUUAUGGGUUAUGGACUUAUUGGGUCUGAUAUUGAGCUAAAACCGGACUAUGAAAAUACUUCCAUGCUUCCAUUUCAUAGAAAUGAUUAUGCCAUGAACCAUCAGUCGGAUUACAGCAAUAUUAACAAUGCAGAAAAGAGUGUCUCAGAAGAAAAAUCACAUUUAAAUAUUGCAUACGGCAUUGAAGACAAGGGCGUACGGGCAUUUCAAGAUAGAUAUCCUGCGUAUGAUUCUAAUAGAACAGCGAACAAAUAUGACAGGAAAAAAGCUCUGCUGGACAAAGCACACUCUGAAGAAGUUGUUUCGGGAUAUACACAUGGUGAAUUCAUAUUGAGGAGAACACAAUCUGAAGAUCAAAAUGGAGUUUUUAAACCAAAAUUAACAUCACCAUUAGAAGUUGUACCAGAAAACACCUAUCCAACUUCUGUGUACAAUGACAAUGUAGAGUAUGCAAAAAAAAAUUACGGAAAUCCGGACACAAGACGUUUUGAUAAAUGUGACUUUCUUAUAAAAUUUCUGAUGGUCAUAUUGUUUGGUAUAGGAGUCAGUGAAAUUAUCUUUGGUAUAGUGUAUAGAAAGGAUUGUAAUUGGGAUGAAACUGUUCCAGUCUGUGCAAUAACAUCUGGAGGGGUUUCCAUUUGUUACUGUGCCAUUUUUCUUGGAAUUAAUAUGGUUAGAAAACGAAAAGUGAAAUUGUCACCUUAUUUUCGUGUUUUGAUGGUGAUCAUGUGGUUAAUAUUGCUGGGAAUGAUAGUAGCAGGUGGGGUGUUACUGUAUCCAAGUAUAAAGGACUACGCAUUCAAUGAUUGCACGGGUGAACAAGACUGUUGCAGGAGGAAGCUCAUACUAAUUACAUUUUGUGCAAUAAUUAUUGAUACUGUAUGCCAAAUAUGCUUUGCGAUAAGUAUAUGCUGUGUUCAUUAACUGUCAAAAGGUGCAAUAACUGUUGAUAUUGGAUAUAUAUCAUUUAUGCUUAUUGUUGAUAUGCAUUAUUUAUAUGAUAUACAUGUAUAUUCAAUCUUUUAUAUGAUAUUAUGUUGAUACGUCUUAAAAAUAUUUAUAUUGUAUAUUUUACUUUGCAAUGAUACAUAAGAUAAUUUUGAAGUUCAUUGUAAAUUGAUAAAAUGUGUCCACAUUUCGCACUAUUGUUUGUUUAAUAAAUAUCGAUUUCAUUUCAAAUUAUUCUGCAGUAUUUGUUGAGAUAUUGUAUUUAUAUUAAAUACAGUUCAGUAAGUAAUUUUUGGUUAAGUUUUCGAUUAUGUUAUUGUUGAAAACUGGUGCUUUAAUUGGUGCUUAAAAACUUCACCCGUUUGUUUUUCCUAUUUAUGUGACAACUUGCAAUGCAUUGCUUGAUUUCAAAUGAUCCGAUACAUGUAUCUUACGCAGUAAUAACAAUAUAGCUAUAAUAAAGUAAAAACUGAAAAAGAUAUGAUAUUAUCAUAAAGCAAGAGUUUCGUUGUGGUAUUUAAAACAACUGCCAUCCUGAUAAUGAUACAAAUAUAUUUCUACUAUGAUAUAAAUAUAUUUCUACUAUGAUAU